GCUAGGGUUUUCCUCUUUCCGUCUCACUUCUCAAAACCCUAGCUCUUUCUCUCCGCACAGCCUCAGAGCAGCUUCUGCAGAUCUCACCUCUGUGCAAAUAUGAGAGUUAGUGUUUUGAAUGAUGCUCUUAAGAGCAUGUACAAUGCUGAGAAGCGCGGAAAGCGUCAGGUCAUGAUUAGGCCAUCCUCAAAAGUGAUCAUCAAGUUUCUUCUGGUGAUGCAAAAGCAUGGAUACAUUGGGGAGUUUGAGUAUGUUGAUGAUCACAGGUCUGGGAAAAUUGUGGUCGAACUAAAUGGAAGGCUAAACAAAUGUGGGGUUAUCAGUCCGCGAUUUGAUGUGGGUGUCAAAGAGAUUGAACCAUGGACUGCAAGGUUGCUCCCCUCGAGACAGUUUGGAUACAUUGUGCUGACGACUUCUGCUGGCAUCAUGGAUCAUGAAGAGGCCAGGAGAAAGAAUGUUGGUGGUAAAGUGCUUGGUUUCUUUUACUAGACUGAGUUUGUCCAGGAACGAUUCUGCAUUAUUCUGCUUAUGAGGAAGUUUUUGAUGUACUUCGGAACUUGUUUUCAAUUAGGAUAGUUCAAUGUUCUAUUUGAUUCGUGCUUUGGUUUGAAUGCUAGCAGAGUUUAUUACCUGCUUCUUUAAAACAUAAAUUAUGUUAUUAAUUUUGUUUACCUUCAUUGGAAGAGCAGAAGAUAUUUGGUUUUUCAAA